GACUUUUCCUGCCGCGCACCCCAGGGCUCGGGGAGCAGUCGGGGCCCCGCCGUGCCAGCGCUGGGCAAAGGUCCUGAGCUGCUCUCCCGGCCCCAGCCAUGGAGCUGCCGGGCGUCUGCAGCCACCCGGGAUGGUUCCUGCUGACGCUGCUCCUGGGGCUGCUCCUCUGGGCCAGGAAGAGGCGCGCCUGGGACCCCCGCCAGUGUCCCACUGACCUGACCGGCAAGACUGUCAUUGUCACCGGAGCCAACAGCGGGAUCGGUAAGUGCGUGGCCCUGGAGCUGGCCCGCAGGAACGCCCGCACCAUCCUGGCCUGCCGGAGCCGAGAGCGGGGCCAGGCGGCGGUGGAGGAGAUCCGGGCGGCCACCGGUAACCCGGCCGUGGUGCUGCGGCUGCUGGACACCAGCUCGCUGGCCUCGGUGCGUGCCUUCACCCGGGACCUGCUGCGGGAGGAGAAGCGCCUGGACCUGCUGGUCAACAACGCUGCCGUCACCGGGCUGCCCUUCACCAUCACGCCGGAGGGGCUGGAGGAAACCUUCACCACCAACUACCUGGGGCCGUUCCUGCUCACCAACCUGCUGCUGGACCUCCUGAAGUCCUCGGCUCCCUCCCGCAUCGUCAACGUCUCCUCCUUCCGGCACAGCGCCGGUACCGCCGACCCGCGGUACCUGACCGGGCAGCGGCGGCUCAGCGGGCGGGACUCUGCCUACAGCAGCACCAAGCUGAUGAACCUGCUCUUCACUGCAGAGCUGGCACAGCGCCUGCAGGGCACAGGGGUGACGGCCAACGCGCUGAGCCCCGGCGUGGUGAGCACCGGCAUCAUGCGGCACUACGGCUGCGCCAUGCGGGCGCUCUUCGGCCUCGUCCGCCCCUUCAUCAAGUCUGCGGAGCAGGGCUCCGCCAGCACUCUGUACUGCGCCAUCGCGGAGGAGACCGCCGGCAUCACCGGGAAGUAUUUCGGCAGCGACUGCGGGCUGGUGCUGCCCUCGCCCGCCGCCCGCGACGCCGGACUGGCCCGCAAGCUCUGGGAGGAGUCGGAGAGGCUGACGGGGCUGGGCCGGGGUCCUCGGCAGUGACAGCCGCCCCGCGGGCUGCGGGCAGGGGGGCGGCAGGGCUGGCACCGACGGGACGGGGCAGACGGUACCGCCCGCGGUACGAAUCUUUAUUAAAGAGCCCCGGGCUACUCCCAGGAGA